CCUCUAUAUUCCCCUCCUCCUUCCCACAUACUUUUGCAUUAAGAGAUGAAUGUCUCAGUUUCAAUUCAAGCACCGCUUCAGCCUACACAGAGUAUCUCUCUCCUGUGGCAUCCUAGGCACAGCAUUAGACUCCCAGCGGACGUUUCUAUAAGGAUCACAUCUGCUUAAGGAGUAAUGUCUUUACAGCUGAAUAAUUUCUUGCAAGAGUUAUGCCUUUAAACUGCUCUCUAAAAGGGUAACAAAAAGUGAUACGGAACUACAGAUUUGUUUUUUUUCCCCUGAAGAUUCAACAAAGGAUAAUAUAUUUCCUAAAAAAAAGAAAAAAGGAUUUAUAGAUUUUUUUUUCUCCUCCAAGUUAUUGUGUUUAUUAUUAAAAAGAAUCACAGGAGAUAUCCAUGCACAUGUAGUUAAAGAAUAUAGUUUCAUGGUGUAAAGAGAUGAGACCAGAUGAUAUCAACCCUCGUACUGGACUGGUGGUGGCUCUUGUGAGUAUCUUUCUUGUGUUUGGUUUCAUGUUUACAGUUUCUGGGUUCAAAGGUGAAAGCUUAGGUGAUAUCCCAUUAAUUGCUAUAGGGCCUGCAAUAUUUCUCCCAGGAGUGGCUGCUAUUUCCCUUGCCAGGAGAACUGAUGGCUGUACUAAGUGGCCAUACAAACCAUGGAUCUGUUGCAAGAAACCCAAAGACAAAGAGGAUGUUGAACUUUUGAAGACCCCAUCAGACAUGGAGUCUGGCAAAGGAAGCUCCAAUGAGCUUGAUAAAAAAGGAGAAACCAAAGGAAAGGAAGAUGACUGUGAACCCAACACAGCCAUCUCUAUAGAGGAAACCAAGUCCCUCAGUGGGAAAAUGGACCAAGAAAAUGGGUUGAGCUACCUGGAUAAGUGCUAUUCCUCCACCGCAUUGCCAGGUGGAGUGGGAAACCAUACCUCCUUCUCCGCUUUUGAUAAGACAUGUUCUUCAGACAGAGUUAUCUACACUGCAACAGAAGAAAAGGUUACUUUUGAUCCUAGAGACAGUGAUUCUGCUGCUCACAGUGAGAGUGGCCCCUAUGACAGUUAUUGCUGCUAUGUAAAAACAACAGAAGUGAACUGGGACCAGGAGACAAUUGUCUAACAAAUUAUACAUGCACAUGUAUGAAAAUGUUUGCACUGCAUGAAUGAUCCGGUCUUUUGCUGAAAACAAAACCUGGUGUCUAUUCUCAUGAGUUAUUUUUUAUUACGGAUUCCCCUUGCAGGCCAGCAUGUCCAAUGUUCAGAGUUAUUUGAUUUUUUUUUUCUUUUGCUUCCGAAUCCAGCCAAUUAUUCUAUUGUUUGAAUACAGUGCCUUGAUAAGAGCAGGACAUCUGAAAAGUGCUGUGAAUGUUACAGAGCAACUCAAAAGAACUCAGGCUUAUUGCAAAGAGCAGGCAGUUGGAAGCUUUGUCUAUUGUUCUUCAAAAGUUACUGCAGCAAUGAUUUCUUUCAUAAAACAUGUAUUACCCAACAUAUUAUGUUACCCUUCCCGAGACAAGUGAUAGCAACUCAUUACGUUUCAUUUUACUUUUCAGUUAUUUAUUUUUUAAUUAAGCAGAAAAGUAAUUAAUUCUAUUCUUCCUUUAACUCUAUGCCAGCCACAUACCAGAAGUAAAUAUACGGUGUGACUGCUAAAGAUUCAUACAUAUAGGUAUAGUUUCUCUUCUCUGAAAAUAGAAAAUGUUUUCAAUAUAUGAAAUUAAUUUUUAUUUUGUAUAUUUUUUACUUGAUAUACCUGUUUUAAAACUUGAUUUUAGUUCUAGUUCAGGUUUUCAAAUAAAGGGAUUCAGUACUGGAUGCAUUCAGUAUAAAUCCUUUUUUUUUUUUCUUACAGGAAUGAGCUUAAUAUCUAUUUUUUAAUGCUAUUUAUAAUCCUAACUUCUUUGUAAACAGCAGACUGUGUUCACCUAAUCAGUAAAAUAUAUUGCCUGCACAAGCCAUUUGACUGUUGGAAUCAUUUAUUUAAAAUACCUGCCUUUUGGAUGUUAAAUUACAAGUGCAAAUGAAAUAUUUCUAUGCCAGAUAAAUCCUAAUUAUGUAGCCUGAUUCAACAAUAACAAAAAAAAUCCUGUAGCUCAGCAAAUUUUCCUCAACCUUUGUAAAUAAACUGCAUGACGACAAUGUGUCUUUUUUAAGAGUAAAUUAUUACAGAAAAAGGUUCUAUGGCCUUAUUAUGUUAAAAAAAACAUGAAUUAAAUGUCUCCAGCUUUGAUAGUUAAAUACCACUGCAAUUAAUUUGUACGUUUAUUAUGCAAAUUGCCUUCAUUUGAUUAUUUGUUAUUUUAGGAGAGUAUAAGCUAAAUACUGAAAAUAAUGUCAAAGUUCUUGUAAAACAUGCCAACAUAUCUUCGUGGAUUUGCAAUUAGUUAUACAAGUUUAAUUAAGAAGAACUGCAUGAUCCUGCACAUGUUAUAUAUGUUGUGUUUCAAUAUAUGGGAAUCACCUUCAAAUAACUUUUUAUUUUGUUACAUAUGACCGACACUACUCCAUGGUUUUAUAGCAAAAGGGAAAUUAUUCGGAGGUGAUCGGUUUUAGUACAAAACAGCUUAAUGAUAGCCUUUACAAUUUAAUUUUGAUAGCAAGUCAGUUACAAUUUAAUGGAAUCCUUUCAAAUAAAAAUAGAUGAGCUAAAAUACUCAAAAACUCGAA